AUGCGACAACAAUUUACCCACUUGCUACCAAAAGCAAUAAUAGCGCUAAUAAUAGAUGGUACGCUCUUUGGAAUUGCAGAUGCGUUUGGAUCGUCAUCCCUUCUACCAUCAUCCGUUUCAUCUCUCCGAGUUUCCAAGUUUUCUCAGCGUCAAUCGAAGCAAAAGCUAUAUUCUUCCCCCGAUGACUCUUCCAAGAUUGAAUUACAGUCAGACGACACUAAAUUUGGAAGGGGAGACUUUCACUUGUCCGCAUUGAUCGAAGAAGGAGAUGUCGUAGUCUAUCAGACGGGAAGUUGGUUGGUGGAUGGUGUUGUUGUUGGUGAGGAUGACGCGGUACCCAGUUUUGCGCUUGCAAAGAUUGACAAUGUGCAAGUUGUAUGGACGCACAAUUGUGAGCAUGGAGUCUUGCGUGGGAUAGAAGUUGUUAUCGAUCAGAAAGACAAUACCCGCGUGCUGUUGAAAGAACCGUUGGAGGAUGUCGAGUUCGGACCUGAGCAACUUUUGGCAAGGCUUCCGGUUACAUGGGACAAAGAAGAAUCCUCUAUAGGAAUUGCUAAUGUGCCACUGGAAGCAGAGUUAUGGUGCUCUGACAUGUAG